AUCGUGGAGCUACUACCGCAGCGUGAACAGGGGAGGACGCACCUAUUCCAGUUGCACAAUGCUGAGAAAGGACAGGCGAAAAACUGGACCACCAACGGGAAAUUGGCAAUCCGGGGGAGGCUGUCAAUGGGCUGCCAUGGUUCGACAAUACACAAACAGCGGGGGUUGUGGAUACAGGGGCUGCCAGGGCUCAAAGCGAGCGAGCGAUCCGCGUCGGCGUCCAACCAUGGGAGAGAGCUGUCGGCAAGGUGGCCCAGCUGGCAGUGCCCAGGGCUCCCAGGGGCCCGAGAGCGGCCUGACGUGGAGAGUCAAGGGGGCUGAAGGAUGACAGGGGACAGCUGGAGAAGAGGAAGACUCUAAGGACCAAAGUUGACGGCGAGAGAGCCAUGGAUCAGGAAGAUGAAUACUUGGCCCGGGGAUCAAAGGCAGACUCCAGCCGAUCGCUCUGGCCGCCACAAAGGGGCGUUGGGGGCCGCUGGCAUGGGGCCAGGUGCUGCACAGGGCCACAUAGCGAGGGACAAGCCAUGCAGAUGGGGUCUGCAGACCCUUUGUCCCCUCCACCCCCCCCCCCCCCUCUCAGCCCUCACCCCUGUGUACGAGAGAGAGCAGAUCCGAGAGAGGCGGCCGGCCUGCGCAGCCAGCGGGAAUAGAACCAGCUGAGAGUGAAGAGGAGCUGAGAAGCUCCCCCGCUGCUUCCAGAGAGUGAGGAGGAUUAGGCUGGAGCUCGGUUGGAGGCGCGACGGCACUCUCACACGGCAACCGGAGCUGGAGCCAUGAGCAGGGCGCUUACGGAGCACAUCAGCAGUAGCUUCCGAGAAGAUGCUCCUCGUCCUCCGGUACCGGGGGAGGAGGGAGAGGCGUCAUGCUACAACCCCAGCAGAUCUUCCAAAAUGAGAGCCCACAGCAAGGUGAAAGAGAGCCCCCCCGCCGCCGCCGCCGCCGCCGCUGCCGCUGCCGCCUGCGCGCCUCCCGGCUGCGCGCCGCGGAGGAACGAGGAUGGACUCGGGGAGCCGGAGGGCAGCGCGUCCCCGGACUCGCCCUUAGUCCGGUGGACCAAGUCUCUGCAUUUCCUCCUGGGCGACCAGGACGGCGCUCACCUUUUCAGGACCUUUUUGGAGCGGGAGAACUGCGUGGACACUUUGGACUUUUGGUUCGCCUGCAACGGCUUCCGGCAGAUGGACUUAAAGGACAGCAAGACGGCGCGAGUCGCCAAAGUUAUUUUCAAGCGGUACAUCGAGAACAACAGCAUCGUCGCCAAGCAGAUGAAGCCCGCCACCAAGACCUUCAUACGGGACAGCGUUAAGAAGCAGCAGAUAGACUCCGCCAUGUUUGACCAGGCGCAGACGGAGAUUCAGUCCAACAUGGAGGAGAACGCGUACCAGAUGUUUUUGACCUCUGACAUAUACCUCGAAUACGUGCGCGCGGGCUGCGAGAACGCGGCGUACAUGAACCACGGCGGCCUCGGCAGCCUGAAGCUGAUGUGCGGAUACCUUCCUCCCCUCCUGGAGGAAGAGGAGUGGAGUUGUAACGACCUGAAGGCGAAAGCCUUGGGCUCCGUGGUUGGACUGUCCGCGAAAGCUCUGCGCGCCACGGCCACCAUCCGGACCGCCGCCGAAGUGCUGGAGAACAGUUGCAGGUCCCACCGUAGAGGAGACCCUGCCAGCCCUUACUUCGUCAACUCCGGCUACAUUUUUGCCCCCGCCACCAGUGCCAACGACAGCGAGAUCUCCAGUGAUGCUAUGACAGACGAUUCCAUGUCCAUGACGGACAGUAGUGUAGAUGGAAUCCCUCCGUAUAAGCUGGGCACUAAGAAGCAACUCCAGCGAGAAAUCCAUCGCAGUGUCAAAAUCAAUGGCCAAAUAACGCUACCCCACUUUCCUAGGACACACCGGCUGCCUAAGGAGAUGACCCCUAUCGAGCCCUCGGACUUUGCUGCCCAGCUCAUAUCGCGGCUGGAGAAGCUCAAGCGAGAGCAGGACACCAUGAGCUCCCUGGAGGAGAGGCUGCAGCAGAUCCAGGAGGAGGAGGAAAGGGAGGAGAGCGUUGACCUCGCCGGCAGCACCUCCCUCCAUCACCCUCUCUUCCCGUCUGGCAGCCAGUGCGAGGAAGACCCCCAGGCCAUCCUGGACGAGCACCUGUCCCGGGUGCUGAAGACGCCCGGCUGCCAGUCACCCGGUGUGGUCCGGCACUCGCCGCGCUCGCGCUCCCCGGACCGGACGGACGCCAUGCUGUCCUCUGGCCGCGGGCCCUUCUUUGGCGCUUAUCCCGGGCCCACCAAGGUUCUGGUGACGGGCAAGCCGUCCACUAAGCACAUCCACCACCACUACAUCCACCACCACCACGCUGGCCUCAAGACCAAGGAGCAGAUCGAGGCCGAGGCGACUCAGCGCGUGCAGUGCCUCUGCCCUCCAGGGGGCGCCAACUAUUCCGACUUCAUCCCCGCUCGCUGCAGCACUUUGUCCAGACGACCCGUCAAAGCCACCGACGAGGGCGUGUCUUCGCCACGCCUUCCCUUCGACGCCACUGACCGCUCCCAGAAUGUUUGGCAGUGGAUCCUAGAGAGCGAGAGGCAGGGCAAGCACAAGCCACACAGCACUCAAGGCCUAAAGAAGUCCAGCCCGCUCGACUCCAAGGCUCUGCCCGCUCGGACCCCAUCCUCUUGGGGUGGAGGCGGCAUCGGCAGUGGGGCUCACCUCCGCGGCCACCACCCGGGCCACCCGUUCAUCCAGGACCCGGCCAUGCCCCCCCUGCCCCCACCAAACACCAUGGCACAGCUUGAGGAGGCCUGCCGCAGACUGGAAGAGGUCUCGAAGCCACCGAAGCAAAGGCAUUCAACAGGAGCCAGCAGCCUUCAGAAAGACAAGAGCCAUCUAGCAGCUGUUGUCCCCGCUGGAUGCAGCGCGCUGGCCAGCCCCGGACUCCAAGCAGACGAGUCUAAGGAGAUAAUGGUCACAUACUUCUUCUGCGGUGAGGAGAUUCCUUAUCGCAGCAUGAUGAAGACCCACUGCCUCACCCUGGGACACUUCAAGGAACAGCUCAGCAAGAAAGGCCACUACCGGUACUACUUCAAGAAAGCCAGUGAUGAGUUUGAGUGUGGUGCCGUGUUCGAGGAGGUGUGGGAGGACGCCACUGUGUUGCCCAUGUACGAGGGCAAGGUUCUGGGCAAGGUGGAGAGAAUGGACUAAGAGCCACCUUGUUGCCAACCAACAAACACCGCCCCAACCAAAAGCUAAACUGUCCCUAAAAAAGAUGAGCUAGAGACUCUUUGUAAUUAACAAAACAUACUCUGGACUCCUGUUAUUAUUUUUUCUUCUAUUUCUUAAUAUUAAGCUAAACAGAGUUAAUAUAUCCAGCACAAGAGGAGUGUUUGAAGGAAGACGAGCCAAUGAAGUAUGUCGAACCCAGAGGAGGCGCCGCCCCUCCCUGACUUUAUCAACCAAUCAGCCUUAGAAACACAAGGGAAUGACACAAAAAGACUUAUACAUGACCAAUACAAGAAUGAUGAUGAAGAAGAUGGAGAUGAUUGGAGGCCAGUUGGGGGGGACCCCCCCCCCCCUCUUCUUGAAUAUAACCACUGAAGAUGUAGAUGUUACGUUAUGAUGAAAGACUGGUGAUGUGUUCACGCCAAGUGCAACGGACCGGCAGGCGCUGAAGACACGUUGCCACCAACCUGCUCUUAAAGUUCCAACAUCGUUACAAAAAAACGUCUGUACAUGUGCAUAUACAUACAUGCAUAUAUGUAUAUAUACAUGUAUUAUAUAUAGAUGAUUUUUGUCUUGAGAUUACUUUUUUUUUAAGUAUUUAUUGAAAAAGAAAAAAAAACCCACUCCCUGUUUUUAAAAACCUGUGUGACCCCCCCCUCCUCCCUCCUCCCUAUUCCAGCCAAUGGGCAAGCUGCUUUGAAUGUUGGGAGAAUACUGUGGUGGUGUUUGUUUUUUUGUCCGUUUUUACUUUACACAGAGGAUGUGACACUAGCCUAGCACCUCCCAUAGCCUUGUAAGCCCUCCUGUCUGAUCCAAACUAACAACCUUAGCAGUGGUGUCGUCCGAGGCGCCCCCCCCCCCCUCUAUUCUGAUGGUCAAUCCCAGUCUUAUAUGCUGCUGAUGAUUUCUCAACGUUUGUCCCUGCUAGUGUUUCAUUUCCCUCCCCCUCCCUGUCUUUUUCUCUCAAGUCAGGCGACUGAGCUCAAUCUUUUGUGUUGUGCCUUUGUUUGUAAACCAGGCAUUGCACGAGGGAGGGGGGCUUGGGGGGGUUAAAAGCAGUUGCAGACACACACACACACACACACAGAGGAGACCUGGAGCACAAGCUUUACCAGUUAAUAACGGCAGUGUUUACAGCCCGCACACUAAAGUAACAAGAGCAAGUUCGGGUCGAUAGUGUGUCAAAAAAAACUGAAGAAAAAACCCCUGAUCAUUGAAGAAUUAUGGCUCCAAUAUCCUAUGAAUGUUGUUGCAUUGGCAUCGUAUAUAGCAGAGCUCCUGUAUACCUUGUAAUUAUGCAUUCUGAAGUAUGGAUACUGACGUUGUGAUGCACACAUACUGUACACAAACAGUACACACACAUUAUCUCUGGUGUUUAAUGAGUACAGCACCUGUGCCUACAUGGAUGCCAUACCAUGUGCUACCCUGUUUCAGGGUUUUAUUAUAUAUCCCUUGGUUUUCAGAAGGGUUUUAUGUUGAAAAGAUAUUUUUACGCUUUUAAUAAUAUCCUGUAAUCAUGUUUUUUUGUUGUUGUUGUUGUUUUUACACCACAGCCUUUUUUUUCCAUUAUAACUAAACUGUAAAUUAUACAUUAUAUAAAGAGUUUCAUUUAAAGAUUUACAUGGACCUAUAAUUAUUGUAAUUAUUGAGAGAUGUAGCCUUUAUUAAAGUUUUAUAUUUUUCAAAUGAA